UAAACCCUUAUAAAAUUUUGUACACCGGAACGAAGUCUGUAACCAAACUUCAGAGAUGCGCCUUAAUUGAGGAGAUGACCUUGUACAAACCUCACGCCAAAUGGCAAAUGGUGUUAUAGCAUCCAAGAUCCUGUCGGGAAAUGAGCGAAGGGUCGCCUUAAUCCGUCAUUUUGAAGGCCCUAGAACGUGAAAGCGGGAAAAUGGCGUUUAAUCAGGCCGGUUCUUUUGAACGAGUUGCAGAGGAGGUGAGACUGGGUUCAGGGGCAUUUGAGUCUCUCUGUCUCUCUUGAUUUGAAUUAGGAAGAAAAGUGGUUAUGGAGAGGAAGGAUGAGGAUCUUGACAUACAACGUGAAUGGGCUAAGGCAAAGAGUGAAUCAGCACGGCUCCCUCCUCAACUUCCUCAACUCUCUGCAAGCAGAUAUUAUUUGCCUCCAGCACUGCAGGAAACAAAAUUGUCAAGACAAGAACUUUCGGCAGACUUGGCCAUGGCUGCGGGAUAUGAGUCCUUUUUCUCUUGCACUCGUACUUCUAACAGAGGUCGUGUUGGUUAUUCUGGUGUUGCAACAUUUUGUCGUGUUGAAUCAGCAUUUUCAAGCAAAGAAGUGGCUUUGCCUCUUGCAGCAGAGGAAGGUUUCACAGGUCUGCUGGAUCGUUCAAAAGGAGAGAGUGUUUCUUCAGGAGCUUUCUUGGCUAAUAUUUUUGAGCAGGUGGAGGAACUGGGGCCAUUAUCAGGAAUGGACCUUUUGAAAGUUGACAGUGAGGGGCGUUGUGUCAUCACUGAUCAUGGGCAUUUUGUUCUUUUCAACAUAUAUGGACCUCGAGCUCAAUCUGAUAACGUGGAAAGGGUACAGUUCAAGUUCACUUUCUUUAAGGUUUUACAGAAAAGAUGGGAGGCGAUAUUAAAUCAAGGAAGAACAAUAUUUAUUGUUGGUGAUUUGAAUAUUGCACCUUCUGCUAUGGAUUGCUGUGAUGCAGGACCAGACUUUGAGGAUAAUUCAUUUCGGAAGUGGCUGAAAUCAUUGUUGAAGGAAGGAGGUGGUCCAUUUUAUGAUGUCUUCAGAACAAAGCAUCCAGACAGAAAGGAGGCUUAUACGUGCUGGUCACCACAAACUGGUGCUGAGGAGUUCAAUUUUGGGUCCAGGAUUGAUCUGAUUCUCAUUGCUGGACCUUGCCUUCAUCAAAGUACAGACUCAGAAAUUCAUGACUUGUUAGAUUGCCAUGUUAACGAGUGUGACAUUCUUACUCAGUUCAAACGUUCAAGACAGGACAACACUCCAAGGUGGAAAGGUGGGAGAAGCAUUAAAUUGGAAGGCUCUGAUCAUGUUCCAGUCUUUGUCAACCUGGGUGAUAUGCCUGAUCUUGCAUUGCACAGCACUCCACCUCUGGCGACUAGAUAUGUUCCUGAGGUUCGUGGACGGCAACAAACUCUCGUUUCGAUGCUUCAGAAAAGGCAAGUUUUAAUUGGGGAGGAGAACCGGGGAACAUACGAUACACUAUCUGGAGAUUGUGCAUUAGAGAAUUGCAAGGAGGAUGCUAGGCGUUCAUGUGAGGUUGCCAAAGGUUCUUUAUCGAUGCCUUAUAUUAACACAAACAUGACGAAAAAAGCAAAGUGUAGAAAUUCUUCACAACUGACAUUGAAGUCUUUCUUCAAGAUGAAUCCAGCACAUGCAAUUAUCGAGUUAGAGAAUGCAAAUGCUGAUGCAUUAAAAUGUGAAAUAGAUGAGUUAAUAAAUGAAUCUGAAAUUUCUGAAGAUGUGAAGGAGACCAAUUCAUUCGAUGACACCCCUAUUGAUAAAGAUCCACAAAAUAUCACCCAGGAUGAAUGCUAUGGGGAAACAUCAUGUCAUGAUGAAGGCAAUAAUUUAGUUCAGAUGUCUGAGAAGGUUAAAGAUAGCAUUGCAUUGUCAGAGUGGAAAAGGAUUCAGAGUUUAAUGCAGAGUAGCAUACCACUUUGUAAGGGUCAUAAAGAACCUUGUGUUGCUCGGUCAGUAAAGAAAGCCGGUUCAAAAAAUAUAGGCCGUGGAUUCUACGUUUGUGCUCGUGCUAAGGGGCCCUCGUCUAAUCCUGAAGCUCGGUGCGAUCACUUCCAGUGGGCAACCUCAAAUAUUAGGCAGAAACAGAGAUGAGUUAUAUUGCAUGAGCAGUUCCACAUAUCAAAUUGUUGAUCGAAAUAUUCCAUGUAUUUUGUUACGUUUGGUGGAUUGUUUGUAUGAACUGAGUAGGUCGUUAAUUUCUAUUAUAAUUGCCCAAAAAUGAGAGCUUACAAGGUAUAACUUAUACUUUUACUACCAUGAAUGUUUAUUGGGCGUUGCCAUUGAAUGUUGCUGCUUGGAAUGGGUAAAAGGCAUAAAAAAAAA